CAGAGACUUAACCUACAAAUAUCAGAUAGUUUGAUAGCUGCCGACACUUGUUAAUGCGUUAACAAGAUAAAAUAGUUCACUCUCUUAUGAGAGUAAAAAAUUGCUAUAUAUAGUCGUUGACUUUCUGGAGAAAAAUAUCAUACAUGAAUCUCGCCAUCCUUCUGACUCCGUUGCAGUUACAAUUUUAUAAGGAUUGUAAACCAUUUGUCCAAGGACCAAAGUUUGUUCAGCUUUAUGCGAAGUGUAUUUAAAGAUCUAAGGUAUUACAACAGUCUGACAGAUUAUAGAUUUAAAACGUCGAGGAUUAAGUAAGCGAGACUUGUUGAAGAAAAAGAUUGACAAAAGAUGGCAGAAAGUACUAAUAAUCCCUAUGACAUCAAUGGGCAACAUUUCAAUUCUGACAUGUAUUUUCAAAAGUUGUUAAAGGAGUGCACGCUAAAGCAAAUUAUGGAUCGCGAAGCAGAAAUAAUAAAAAACACUCAAGCUUUACAUUCCGACAUGCAGACUUUGGUAUACGAAAAUUAUAAUAAGUUUAUAUCUGCUACCGAUACUAUACGCAAGAUGAAGACAGAUUUCAAGGAGAUGGAGGAUAGUAUGGAUCUUUUAGCCAAGAAUAUGGAAAGCAUCACUUCUUUUUCGGAGCAGAUCUCUUCAACUUUACACGGAACAAGACAGCAAAUUGCUAAACUGUCCUCUGUACACACUCUGUUGAAAAAAUUGCAGUUUCUUUUUAAACUGCCUGGCAAUCUUAAGGACAAAAUAAAUGAAGAAAAAUAUGCAGAAGCAGUUCAAGAUUACGUUCAUGCACAAAGAGUUUUAAAUCAAUACAGUAACAUGCCAUCCUUCCAAGGCAUCCAAAAAGAUUGCGAGGACAUUCUGGAAGAACUAAAAUCUAAACUUAGAUUACAAUUUCAUAAGAGAGACGUUUCCACUAAGGCUUUAGCCGAAAAUAUAGACCUUUUACUGCAGUUAAAAGAACCAGCUGAUUCAUUAUGCAUUGAAUUCCUGAUACAUGCCGAAGGAAGAUUAACAGAACAAUUAGAUAUUUUGAAAGAUAUGUGCGAAAAUGAUAUUAUAGAGUUCGUAGACAUGGCUUCUUCGGGAUUUCUUAAUAAUUUAUGCUUGAUUGUAACUUCCUAUAAGGAUAUAUUCAUAAAUCGACCAUUGGAAGACAACGAUUUAGUUGAUGACUUUGAAAUAAGAGCUGUGGAUCACUUGAAUAAGUUUAUUGUGAGCAAUAUGAAAAAAUAUUUUGAUUUGAUGGGCAAAAGAGUUGAGGAUGUAGCUGAUACAGCGAUUUUAGUAAGAGCUCUUGACAAAUUUCAUCGUAAACUGCAAGAAAUGAAUAUGUUGUCCAAGGAAACAGACUUUGCCAGAAUUGGAACUGAUCUUGUUGUAAAUGCUGGCCGAAAACAAUGUCGCAACCAUUUGCAUAGUUUGAAACAACACUUGAGUGAGAUUUUAGCGAAAGUAAGGCAGACUUUAGCUGCUAAAGUCCCACAAGAUAGCGAUGAGGGUUUAGCGGAACUUCAGGCUAUGCUCAUUAUGCCCACUAUAGAAAAAGUUAAAGGAGUCCUACAAGAUUUAUCGGUAUUUUUACAGCUAGAUUUGCCAAAUAGUAUAAAAACACAAUUUUUGCAAAGUUUCUGUGUGGAUGAAGUGAGAGAAGGAUUAGUAAUCGGUUUUCUACAUCAUCUCACAGCUACAGUAGCUGGAUUUUGCAAUGGAUCCGACGUGUCAAAAUUUCCGCCUACUUUAUUACUUCUGCUCAGUAAAAUGUGCAUCGAGUAUAAGGAGAGCAACGUCCGUCAUCUGCUCACGAAAUUUGACGAUCUUUUUAAUAUCGAUCAAUAUGUGUCUUCGGAAAAUAUCAUAACUCCCGAGUCAGAAAUAUGCGAUCGUUUUCAAGAGGCUGCUCAGAAUUUGUUGAAUCAUUAUGUGCGAAUUCAGGGAUUAGCAGUAUCACAAAUGCUGAGGAAAUCUGUAGAGACCAGAGAUUGGUUGCACACAAUUGAACCUAGAACCGUGAGAGCUGUUAUGAAGAGGGUUGUUGAAGAUGUAACUGCCAUUGAUGCGCAAGUUGCCGCUUUAUAUAACAACAAUGAUGGUCAGGUUGAUAGAAGUAGCGAUAGUAGUAGGAAGACUCAUAGUGUUAGCAUAUCUAGGCAACACUAUAGAUCAAAUUGGUCAUCCUACACACCUAGCCAUAUCGAUUCCUCUCUAGUGACGAAUAUUCACAAACUAUUUUCCGAACGAAUCGAAAUAUUCUCAUCUGUGCAAUUCAACAAGGCAUCUAUUCUAACAGGAAUUAUCAAAAUAAGCUUAAAGACUUUCCUCGAGGGUGUAAGAUUACGAACAUUCAGCAAGUACGGUUUACAACAAAUCCAAGUAGACACUCAUUAUUUGCAAACUUAUUUGUGGCCAUUUGUGUCAGAUGAAAAUGUGGUUCACUUUUUGCUGGACGAGAUUUUAGGUAGCGCAGUACAUAGAUGUUUGGACCCUGUUUUGAUGGAGCCCAGCGUGGUGGACAUUAUUUGCGAAAGAGGUUAAAUUAUGAGCAAUUACAAAUUAUCUUGUACAAUUGCAUAUAGAAGUAUGUCAUAGAUGGUAAAAUACGUGUAAUAUAAUUUAUAAAAUAUCAUGAAAUAAUAAUUAUAGUAAUUACGAUAUUUAAAUAAAUAUCAUGUAAUAUA